AUGGGAGAUUUAGUGGCAGGAUCAAGACUGAAUAUCAGACAAUCUCGUAGGGUCAUCUAUGUUCUGGAGGGGCUAGUGUCGGGUCGGCUCGUAGGACUUGAACACAGGCAAGCUCGUAGGGUCACCUGUGCCCCAACACUAGCUUUAUGGCUAGGCUCGUAG